GCCAUUUUGCAUAGGCCCAUGACUCGGAGAAACACAUCAUGUGACACUGGAUUCACAGAAAACCAAACAGAUCCAUGAAUAAAUUGUCAUCAAAAUGAGUGUCCCUGAAGGAGACUUAGCAGGGAGUCUUCCUCUGAGCCACCAGAAUGAGACCUUCAACCCUGCUGCCAAAGAAAGAAGCACAAUUACGACGAAUCUGGUCACAACAACAAAUAUUCAUCAUGCACCAUCUCCUCCAGCUUCUAGUGAGAUGUCUUUUCAGAGCGAUGCAUCAAUGGAACAGCCUACAGACACAGGGGAAUCGACACAAAGCACAAGCAGUCCUCAUCCCAGACCACCCUCUCCAGUGCCCAGUGUGAUGUCCAUGCGCUCAAUGGACCUACCUCCUACAUUUACGAGGGUAUUGACACAAACAACUGCCAUUCAUCAUGCCAGACCACCCUCUUCAGUGUCUAGUAUAAUGUCCUUCCAGAGUAAUUCAUCAAUGAAUCAACCUCCUAAAUAUACAGAGGAAUUCACACAAGGUGACUGCACUGAUAGCGUGAUCUGUGCAGUUUGUCCAAAGAGGGCUUUCAAGUCCUGUCUGACCUGCAUGGACUCCUUCUGUGAGACCCAUGUGAGUGAUCACUACACAGCUCCAGCUCUGCAGAGACACAAGCUGGUGGACGCCACUGGAGACCUGCAGCAGAGACUGUGCCAGCAGCACCACAGAGAGCUGGAGUUCUACUGCAGGACUGACCAGACCCCAGUGUGUGCACUAUGUGCUGUAAAACAUCACAGUGGACAUGAUGUAGAACUGGUAGAAAAUAAUGAACAGAGUCUUCAGAUGAAGGAAUGUGAACUGACUGCUCAGAAAAAUCUUCUUGAUCCCAAACCAAUUCAGUUAAUUUCUGUGAACACAGACUCUGUGUGUCUGACCUGGGGAGCUCCUGAUGGACUAACUGAACCUCACAGCUUUAGAGUGACAUGGAGAAGUGAGACAGACCAUGGAACUCUCACUGUGCCAGGCCAGCAAGUUGACAUUCAGAAUCUCACCCCAGGAGAGGAGUACACAUUUACUGUUGCCAUUAUCUACGGUGAUGGCAGCCAGAGUACAUGUGUCUCUACAACUGUACGCACAGAUACCCCGGCUCCUGAAAAUGUGUCAUUGGAGGUUGAUCCAACAUUAGUAUCAGUGAGUUGGAGCAAACCAAGGGGAGUUGAUGAGGUGUCAUACCUGCUGACCCUCAGCAGUGAUGGAGAAUGUCUGAAGACUGUUUCCACCAAAUCUCUUCAGUGCUCCUUUUCUGGAUUAGAUAAAGAGAGAGAAUAUUCCAUCAGUGCUAUUACUGUCCAGAAAAAGGGGGGUCAGAGCAAGCCCAUCUGUAAGAUCAUCACCAUAGGAAGAGAGCAGUUGGCUUCUACAAGGAAUUACCUAACACAACUGAUUGUGCAAUGUUCGGUAAUAAAAUCAGGCAGCCCAGCAUGUCACUUGCUUCCGACAGAGAAGAGUGAAAUUAGUGGGUCAGAAGCAGUCAGAAGAUGGACCUUUGGAAAACGAGAUGAGACUAAACCUACUAAAACCAUCCUCAUAGUUGGAGAAACAGGAACGGGGAAAACUACGCUUAUCAACACCAUGGUAAACUACAUGUUAGGGGUGAAAUGGGAGGACAGAGUUUGGUUUAAGAUCUCGGAAAAAGAUAAAAAUAAAUCCCAGACAGAAUCUCAAACUACUGUCAUCACUGUUUAUGAGCUGUUUCUGGAAACAUGUCCUUCAUGUCUGAGAAUUAUUGACACUCCAGGAUAUGGAGCUACAGAUGGAUUUGAGUUUGAUCAGCAGAUUCCAAAGGAUUUGCAAGUAUUGUUCAGAUCUGAAGAUGGCAUUCAUGAAGUUGAAGCUGUGGGUCUUGUGGUGAAAGCAAGUCAGAAUCGCCUUACUUUUUUUCAGCGUUAUAUCUUUGAUGCCAUUCUGUCACUGUUUGGUAAAGAUAUUGAGAAAAACAUCGUAAUUCUCUCCACACACUCGGAUAGUGUGCCUACUGCCAACAUCAUCAAUGCCCUCAAAGAAGCAGGAGUACCUUUUGCCAUAGACGGAGAACCACUUAUUUUCACAUUCAACAACCGUCAAAGUGAGACCUAUAAAGAGGACCAAGAAGAUUUCUUCAAGUCGUGUUGGAAUUUGGGGUACAAAAGUAUGAAGACCUUCUUCAAGGUUCUGGAAGAUUUUGAGACAACAGAACUAAAAAUGACAGAGGGAGUGCUGAGAGAGCGCAAAAGACUAGAAGCCAUUGUCUACAACCUACAGGAUGCCAUCAAGAUGGAGGAACUGAAACAGAAUAUGCUUAAGCAGACUCAAAGAGCGUUAAAAAAAAACAAAAAUAAAAUUGGGAACAAUGAAAACUUCACUUAUGAAGUUGAUGAGCCUUACAAAGAUGUGGUCCCAAUCAAGUCAUCAUGGUGGCAUUUGACUAAAUCAGCAAUGUGCUGCACCGUCUGUGAGGAGAACUGCCACUACCCGGGCUGCUGGUGGGUGAAGGACCUUUCCUGGUGCAGCGUCAUGAAAGAUGGUCACUGCACUGUGUGUACAAACAAGUGCCCUGUCUCGGCCCAUGUCAAGCAGAGGAAGAUCUAUGUGCCUAAAACCAGAAAGGCGAUUAAGGUUGCCCAUGAUUUGAUGCAGCAAUAUGAACAGCAUGUGGAUGCUAAAAAAGCACUUGAAAAAGAAUUAAAGGACACAAAAGAUAAGAAAUUGAAGUUGUUGGAGGAUGCCUACCAAUGCAUCAUGGAACUGGAGAAGAUCGCUUUGAAAUUGGAUUCUUUUUCCACCAUUGAUCAGCUGGAUUUCUUGAUUGAGAAGAUGAGAGAGACAGGAGAUGCUGAGAAAGUUAAGACAUUGGAAAAACUAAGCAAGCAAUAUGAGGAUUCAUACAAAAAAAGAAGAGGUUAUCUGAAGACUGGUCUUGACAAGAUUUCAGAGUGCUACAGUGCCAGCCGAUCUCACGUCAGUGGCAAACCCACUCCAGAGGAAAGUCCCCCUUUUCCCCAUAUGGACAGCAGUGCAAAUGCAAGGAUUCAAAAGGGAAAAAAACACAGAAAGAGGAAAAAGAAAAGGAGUUAAAAAAAACUGCUUCCCAUGUUCAUGCAACCCUCAUGCAAUCCCUUGUCAUGCCUCAAAACUGGGCCUUUUCUGUUGCUACCCCAUGGGUCUGGAAUAAUCAUCCGUCCCAUAUUAAAUCCUGCUGCUCAUUUUAAAACAUGUUUUUCUUUAGCUUUUACUUCAGACUAAAUAUAUGUUUUUUUUUCCUCUACCUUUAUUGUAUUUAGGAUGUUUAUUUUGUGUUUAAUAAUGUUGUUCUGUUAAUUGAAUUGAGUUAAUUGAAUUAUGUUAUAUACAUAUGUGUUCUGCCUUUUAAAGUCCCCUGUGUAACAUUUUCAGUUGUUAACAAAAUCAACAUUUCCCAUUCAUAAAUGUGGCCCCAUUCAUGUUUAAUUACCACCACCACUAACAAUAGUAAAAUGGUAACAUUAGCUUUGAUUCAUCUGCAGAAUAUCCCUACAUUCAGCAAAGUUAUGAAUCCAUUUUCUACACAUGUCCUCCUAACAUUCUGACAUUGAAAUUGUAUUUCUAACUAAAUAAAUAAAGAGAAAAAUAACUUUG